AUGAAGGCUCUCGAUCAGGAAAUUCCGGCCCUGUCCAUCAACAACACAGCUGCUCUCGUGCAUCCGGUCAUGCAUCUACUCUCUUCUGUGUUAUUGCUCGGCUCCGUCGCCGUCCAGACGGUCCUCGGUCGCCCCGGUGCCGGUCGACAGUCUGUCGCGCUGUUGAAGCAUUCCGUCGACUCCUUCAUCAAGACAGAGGAGCCCGUUGCGCUCGAGAAACUGCUUUGCAACAUUGGCCCCGACGGCUGCAAUGCCAAUGGUGCAGCCUCCGGCGUCGUCAUUGCCUCUCCCAGUAACGACAAUCCAGACUAUUUUUAUACCUGGACGCGAGACAGUGGCCUGGUGUUCAAGUCUCUUGUCGACAGAUUCAUCAACCGCUAUGAUGCUGGCCUACAGCGCCGUAUCGAAGAGUACAUUGUAGCCCAGGCGAAACUCCAGGCCAUCUCCAACCCGUCUGGGUCUCUGUCCAAUGGCGCGGGCCUAGGGGAGCCAAAAUUUGAGGCGAACUUGGAACCGUUUACCGGAGACUGGGGCCGACCUCAGCGAGAUGGACCGCCACUACGAGCGGCAGCCAUGAUUACCUAUGCCACUUGGCUCAUUGAGAACGGCUACUCAUCGACGGCCUCCACCGUCAUCUGGCCUAUUAUUCAGAAUGACUUGAACUACGUCGCCCAGUAUUGGUAUGCUUGGAUCACCAGUCGACAUGACCCAGCUGACCUGUCCGCCUCGUGGAAAGGAACCAGACUGGAUUUGACUUGUGGGAAGAAGUCAAUGGAAGUUCUUUCUUCACAAUCUCUAGUCAACACCGGGGUUAGUACUGUGCACAAUCCUAUCCCUGAGUUUCGGAUAUCUUAUGUCCUGACCAUACCCUCAGCUCUCGUGGAUGGCAGCAAUCUAGCAGCUGCUCUCGACAAACACGCCACUCCAUAUGCUGCUGUAGCAUCACAGGUUCUUUGCUUCUUGCAGAGCUUCUGGAUCCAGUCCAGCGGCUAUAUUGAUUCCAACAUCAAUGUCAAUGAUGGUCGAGAAGGAAAGGAUGCCAAUUCCCUUCUAGCGUCCAUCCAUGCAUUCGACCCGAAGCUCGGAUGUGACUCGGCCACCUUCCAGCCUUGUAGCGACAAAGCGUUGUCGAAUCACAAAGUCACGGUAGAUUCAUUCCGCUCUUACAAGAUCAAUAGUGGCCUUGGCAGUGGAAAAGCUGCCGCCGUUGGAAGAUAUAUUGAGGAUGUAUACUUCAACGGCAACCCGUGGUAUCUCACAACACUCGCCGCCGCAGAGCAACUCUAUGACUCCCUCAUUGUCUGGCAGCAGAUGGGUUGCAUCACCGUCACCGAUACUUCGUUGGCAUUUUUCCAAGACCUGGUCCCCGAUGUUUCCAAGAAAACCUAUGCCAGUGACACCUCUUCCUAUGCAGAAAUCGUUUCAGCCGUCUCGGCCUACGCGGAUGGAUUUUUCAACAUUGUCGCCAAGUACGCCGGACCCGACGGCUCGCUAGACGAGCAAUUUUCCAGAGAUGAUGGCCACCCUCUGUCGGCUAGAGAUCUGACAUGGUCGUAUGCAUCAUUCCUCACCGCCGCCGCCCGCCGAGCUGGUGUUGCACCCCCUACGUGGUCAAACAAUAAUGCUACCUCGAUCCCCAGUGUCUGCUCCGCCACAGCUGCGCUGGGCUCCUACUCGAGUGCUACAGUCACAUCGUUUCCUCCCUCUCAGACCCCCAAGGCUGGCGUGCCGCCCGUAACAACCACGCCAAGGCCCUGCCGCACUGCCACUACUGUCGCCGUCACUUUUCGAGAGCGAGCGCAGACAAGAUUCGGCCAAACCAUAAAGAUCGUUGGCAACGUAGCCGCUCUGGGGCACUGGGAUACGAAGCGAGCCGUGGCCCUCAACUCGUCCGACUACACGUCGACAAAUCCGUUGUGGAAGACCACGGUGACUCUCAUGGCAGGCCAAGCAAUCGAGUACAAAUACAUCAAAGUCGACAAAGACGGCUCGCUCAUUUGGGAGCAUGAUCCAAAUCACACAUACACUGUGCCCAAAACCUGCGCUACUACCGCUGUUCGACUGGACAAUUGGCAGUCCUGA